AAAGCAAAAGUUAUAAGGAACAGUUCAGGAUUUAUCUUUUAACGCGUCCAAAAUGAAGAACUUUGAAUUCUGGAGCCUGUCCUCGGUGGGCCUCAGCAUAGCCUGUAUGGAAGUUCUAAUAGCUCUCAGUGUCCUGGCGCCCUCAAGCUAUUACCUGUACUUUGAUUUCGUGGACAUUGAAAAAUGGGAGCACUCUGAUGAAGUGGAGGCUUUGACGCCAUUCGGAACCUUCUUUUCCACCUUGGUGGACUACCUGUGGGUGCGAGAGUUUUCGCAGGUUUUCUACAUGACAGCAACUCUAAUAAUUUGGGUGAAGGCAUUGAUAAAUCUAAUGGUGGCCUGCCUUCUAGUCGAUGGCAUCAAGCAGAAACGACUCGUUUGCAUUACCCCAUGGCUGAUCAAUUCUUGCCUAUCGAUGGUCGUUGAGACCGGCAUUUUCGUGAGUCUGGAGCUCCGAAUUGACGAAAUUGAUGCUGCCGUGGAUCGAAGAAUAGCAAGAAGCCUCAUUUUCGGCAUCUUCAUAGUGUUGAAUGCACUAUUUUGCUAUGGUAUCUAUGCCCUCUAUCGGAAGCUAAAGAAGUCGUCGCCCACUGAGAACCUCGAAGUCAUUCCCCAGAGCCCACACACAUUCAAUGCUUGA